AUGGAGUUGGAAAAUAUAGUUGCUAACACGGUUUAUUUGAAGGCGAGAGAAGCCGGAGCCUGCAGUAAAAGGAAAGGUAGGAGCAAAAAAUGGAAGCAGCUACUUUCAUUUCCACACAUUUCUGUUUGUGCAUCUGUCAAAGAUAGCAUCACCCCGACAUACAAGUACAUAGUUGAGCAGCAGCCAAUAGGAAGGGAGCUGUUCAAAAUGUUUUGCAACAACCAACCACACCUCAAAUGCGCCCUCGAUUUCCUCGAUGAUGCCACGAAGUAUGAGGUUUCGUUGGACGAAGAGCGCAAGAGGAUGUCUGUGGAUAUCAAAGAGAAGUACUUUAUAUCGCAAUCCUCCCUAUUCGACUCCAUAAUAAACGACUCGAAGAUGACGACAUGCAUGCAGAAGAUGGAGGAUGAUUCCUCCAACCGAGACCUCUUCACUUCCUGCAUGGAGUGCGCCAAAUCUUACUUGUCAGACGAGCCGUUCAGUUUGUUCCUGGAGAGCAUGUACUUCAAAAGGUACCUGCAGUGGAAGUGGAUCGAAAGGCAACCAGUGACGAAGCAUACAUUCAGGAUGUACAGAGUUCUUGGCAAGGGUGGUUUCGGUGAAGUUUGUGCUUGCCAGGUGCGAUCGACCGGGAAGAUGUAUGCGUGUAAGAGGCUGGAGAAGAAGAGGAUCAAGAAGCGGAAGGGCGAGGUGAUGGCUAUCAAUGAGAAGCAGAUUCUCCAGAAGAUUAAUUCCAAGUUUAUUGUCAGCCUGGCUUAUGCGUUCGAGACGAAGGAGGCCCUCUGCCUGAUUCUGACCCUGAUGAACGGCGGGGACCUCAAGUUUCACAUCCACAACAUGGGCAGUCCCGGCUUGGAGGAACCGAGGGCUGUUUUCUACGCCGCGGAGAUCGCCUGUGGGCUGCAGCAUCUUCACUCGGAGAAUAUUGUAUAUAGGGACCUUAAACCAGAGAAUAUCUUAUUGGACGAUGCAGGUCACGUGCGAAUAUCUGAUCUGGGACUGGCUGUUGAGAUUCCAGUGGGGGAGACGAUCAAGGGUCGUGUUGGAACUGUCGGAUACAUGGCUCCUGAAAUCUUGAACAAUGAGAGGUACAGCUACUCGCCUGAUUGGUGGAGCUUCGGAUGUUUGCUUUACGAAAUGAUCGAAGGAAAGUCACCAUUCCGAGGAUAUAAAGAGAAAGUGAAGAGAGAGGAGGUCGAUAGGAGAGUGAGAGAAGAGAGAGAGAUCUAUUCUAAUAAGUUCUCCGCUGAUUAUAAACUCUGUUGCUCUAAAUUGUUAGAGAAAGAUAUAAACAAGCGAGUGAACGCCAGCGACAUACGCGUGCAGCCGAUAUUCAGGCACAUAAACUGGAAGAGAUUGGAGGCGGGUAUGGAGAAACCGCCGUUUGAACCCGAUUCACGCGCAGUUUACUGCAAAGACGUCCUUGACAUUGAACAAUUCUCAACAGUGAAGGGCGUCAACUUAGACGCCAGCGACGACACUUUCUAUCAGAAGUUCAACACAGGCUGCGUCUCCAUACCCUGGCAGAACGAGAUGAUAGAAACAGAUUGUUUUGCCGAAUUGAACGUCUUUGGCCCUGACAACACGCCAACGGCAGAUCUCCUCGAAGACCAACCUCCACCUCCUCCUCAAAAAUCUUUUUUCGAACGAUUUUUUCCAUGCCGAAAUCGAAGAAAGCAAAAUUAACUCCGACUAAAAUAGAAAACCAUUCGUUUUCCCGAUCAUUCAUUCUCUUAUUCUUUAAUUUCUUCGUUCGUUCGUUCGUUCGUUCAUUCAUUCAUUCAUUCAUUCAUUCAUUCAUUCAUUCAUUCAUUCAUUCACAUUUAUGUUUUGAUAAUCGUAUAUUUAUUUUCUUAUUCUUCUUUUAAUAUUAUAUAAAACAUUGUGCAAUUGUUGUAUAAACCUUGCAUGUGUUCAAAUCAAUCAAACCAUCAGUCAAUUAAUUAAUCAAUCAAUCAUUCAUUCCUUCAAUCAACCAAUUAAUCAAUCAAUUAAUUAAUCAAUCGACCAAUUAAUCAAUCAAUCAACUGAGCCUGUAUUUUUGUAACAAUAAUUGUCCAAUAUAUGUUUCUUAAAUUAUGAAUUAAAUUAAAAGUUUAACAAUCAACCAGCCAAUGAAAUCUCACACAAAUAACAUUCUCUGGUAGCUAGCUAUAUAAAGAU